AUGGAUGAAGACAGAGCAGGAAUUGGCGUGGUUGUUCGAGAUAGUCAAGGCAUGGUCAUGGCUUCUUUAUCACAAAAUAUCCCACUCCCACACUCAGUUGUCAACCUGGGAACCUUGGCAGCAUGUAGAGCACUUGAAUUCUCCCUAGAGCUAGGCUUCGACAAAGCAAUUCUUGAAGGAGACUCGAUGAUCGUCAUGGCUGCACUAAGGGAUCAUUCUCCUUCAUUAGCUUCAUAUGGCCUGUUACUUCGGGAUUCUCAAUUGAUGGCAAAUUUAUUUACUUGUAUUUCUUUCCAACAUGUUGGUAGGGUAGGGAAUUAUGUUGCUCACAACCUAGCUAGACAUGCACGUCAUGUCACUGGUUUUUCAGUUUGGAUAGAGGAUGUUCCUAUCCAAAUUUUUGCAGCUUAUUAG